GGUAUGCCUAACUUAAGAAUUAUAUAUAAGGCUAGUAAAAGAGUAUUAGAGGGAUUAUAUAGAUAUAGUAAUUUAGACUAUACUAGUUAUAUAGAAACACAAAGAUUAACUAUUAGAUAUCUAUUUAACUACUAUAGUAGCGCGAUAUCUUUUAGAUUAAAGUACUUAUAA